AUGUAUCAAAAGGCCCUAAGAGAUGGCUUUGUAAAUGUUUACAGGGGUCGCAUUUUUCUCAUCGGUCAGGUUCGUGCUGGAAAAACUACCCUAAAAAAGUCACUGUUGGGUGUUCCAUUUGACCCAAAAGAAGAAAGCACUGAAGGAAUUGACCCUUCAAAGUGUGAUAUUGAUGUUAAUCGAGUUCAAAACUGGCAUUUCGACAGCAAAAAUACGAUUUUGUCUGAAGUUUCUGAGCAAAUUUCAAGGUCGUUAGCAGUGGAACUCUUUCCUUCAAGACAAGUAUCCAGGGAAAAAGAAAUGAUGGCCUCAGAUGUCUUCUACGUGAAAAUUGUAAAGGUUAGUAAUCUUCAAACAUUUAUAUAUGCAUUUAAUGUAUGUAUUUAAUGUGAUGUUGCGGAAGAGGGACUUAAUGUAUGUCAAUUGCUCAAUAAAGUUUGUCUGUAUAAGAGCUUGAUUAAAACUAUCUGUGAAAACAGAAGAAAAAAAAUAUAUUGUAGCUAUCGCUAAGUGCCAACGAGGGGAAAACAAUUGGAUGAACAACGCCGCUCAGUUGAAUUCGCACUUCCAAGUUGGCGAAAUCUUGCUAAGUUACAAACCAAAUUUCCCGCUCUGAUUGGUUCUUUUGUGAGCUCUUUGUUAACUUAACUUACCUUACCUUACACACGAGUCGAGACUUUUCCCGCCUGAACAGUUCCUCGCACAUCGCCUUUAAAGUUUAUAUUUUUUGUGCCCAAUAUAAAUUGUUAAAAACCGAAGUACUGAAGUAUCGGGCACAAUAAAUGUAGAUAAUUUUUAAAUUUUCUUUCGGUUCCCUGUGAUGAUCAGUUUGCUUUUAUUUCUUCAAUUCGUUCAAGUGCUUCCCGGCGAAAUUGUAAGCAUUUCUCGUUUAAACAAACGAAUUAUUCGCAGGGUAACAGGACUGCAGAUAGUCCCAAGGAAGCAAUAGCACACAGUUCAACAAGACAGGUUAAAAGUGCGGGCUCCCUAGUGACUGGUGAUGAUGAUGAUGAUGAUGAUCAAACUUCAGUUACAAUUCCCGCUGAAGUUGCAAAAUAUACUACGGAGUAUUUAACGCAGAUACUUCCACAAGGUCAACAAACUGUCCAUGAUAACAACAGAAAGGAUCCAUUCGUAACCUUAGAGUUAUGGGAUUUUGCAGGACAACAUCUUUACUAUGCAUCUCAUCCUGUGUUUUUCUCACCACGAGGAGUGUAUGUUCUUGUUCACAACCUGAGCAAACGACUUGAUGUCCUGGCUGAACCCUGUGUUAGACAAGGAACUCAUGAUAUUAUUUUAGAAAACCCAAAUGGUGAAACAAAUAUGGAGAAUUUACUGUCGUGGCUUGUUACGGUUCAUGGUAGCAAACCAACAGGCGGAGAAUCGGUUGGCAACACCGAAAAAGAAGAGCUGGCUUACCUUCGGCCUCCAGUUUUCAUUGUUGGAACACAUGCGGACAAGCCAGUUGAGGACAUUAACAUAAUUACAUCACAGAUCCAGCGGGGUAUUUCUGGUAAGGAAUAUGAGGAGCAUGUGAUCAGGCCAUUCUUCAAUGUUGACAACACGAAGGGCAACAGAUCUAUGAUAAGACGAAUGAGGGAGUUUCUUGGGAAGCGCCUUAAAAAAGGCCAUCAACCAGGUAUAGUCUUUAUAUGUACAGGUAGAGUAACAAUGCCUCAGUGAACUUUAGGCCCCAAAAGGACAUCCUGGAAUUUAAAUAAAGCUUUUUCAUAAGCACUCCCACGCUUAUCCCGCCAGCUACGCAGGCUAGUAAAUGUGAAAAUUAAAGAGAUGAGUAUAGCAGAUGUUCCUUCUGUCAGAGAUUUUGUUUUCUUGAAUAAAUGUGACUACUGUCAAAAGCCAAGUGUACGCCUUUCGCAAAGUUAGGGGGUGUUUACAUGAGAAGACAUUGCACCGGCGCGAGUUUCAUACCGGGAUGACUUUUUGAUUUCGUAUUACGUUUACAGGAUGACUGGGUUGUUUCAUAUCUCGUUAUUUGAAGGUACACUUCAUGUUUAUAAAAUACACGUGUGAUUCAAAAUCGCAAACAUAGCCCAUGCGCUACCCGUUCCAGUCUUCCGGAAGACCGAUCUCACACCUUACAUUUCGCUAUGACACUGACAUUUAUCAAAUCAGCAAAUACUUUGUAGAAACACGCCAAAAGAUCGCAAACCACCAACCAAAAAAACAGUAACAGAUAAACAGUACAUCAAACUUUUCCCCCAUCGUGUAAGCUUCUACAAUCCUACAGUAUUACUUGAACAAUUGGUAGUUACACUAUCGCUCGUUUUUUUUUUUUAUUCAGUGAAAACGAAAAAUGGCAGCAAUAUAUAAUCUCAUACCGGCUUGUAACUGAUCAUUACAAAGCUCUUUGAGAAAACGAAAAUCGUAACAUCCUUUUGUAAUGUAAUGUGCACCAAUACACGCAGUUACCGGGCUUAAUGUAUUUUUUUUCCCAAGGGCAAGAAGGUGACAGUGUCAGUACCAAAAGUGAUGGCAUCGAUGCCUUGCGUGCUAAAAUCAUGGAAGUGUUGAGACAAGAGCCAUACAUGGGGGAAAAGAUACCAACCAGGUGAGUAAUGUUUUAGUGACACUCAUGUGCAAGGAAGUCUUCGCGCAUCAAAUUUCACUUUUUUCACUUUAUUUCGCCCAAACUGAUUCCUUAUCUAAAGCUGAUGGGGAUUGCCUUGGCUGGUUUUUACAAAAAGGAUCUGACUCUGGCAUGUGUUUGGGUUCUUUUUGGUUUAAGCUUGUCUGUGAUAAUUCCAGCAAGGUAUUAGUGGCUCAUUUUGAAAAAGUUCUCCAUAAAUUAUCAAAUCGAUUUUUCUUAACUAAACCCUUUAUACGAAUCUCUUGCUGUCACAACAUAUUUCACGUUUCCUAGUUUUAAUUCGAGUGACAGUUUCUUGCUACUCCAGAUCUUUGACAGGUGAUUAAACGCAGCUGUUGCUUUGCCAAUCGGCAGUUGUCCGUAACUCCUGCGUGACCGAUAGAACUGCCCACGAAAGUGCAAUUCUCUACCACUCUUUGGUUAACAGUAGUAGGGUUUACUUGUUCUUGGUUUUCUUGGCAGUGAUCGUUACGCUAGUGCUAAUAGCGAUGUCUAUAAUUUCUGCCACAAAGUUUUGGAGCUCCCGGGUGCCGUUCGUGAACGUCGUGCGUAUAGUCAAGGUCAGAGAAAUGCCAAUUCUCAUUUCACACAAUACUCUUUGCUCCAGUCGCUUUCUCCAGUACCCAAUCGAUAGUUACCACAAAAAGGAGCGACGAAAGCAAACAGACCUGAUGGACCCUCGUGAGGAAAUGUUAGUCCUGACACAACAUCUUCACUUCUUGUAACAGGACUUUGUUUAAGUUAGCUUCAUGCUAAACCAGAUGUUCCUGUAUAAAUAAAUAAAUGUUUCUAUGAACUUAGGUGGAAUGCCAUACUGGAACAAGACGUUUCACAAAGAUUCUCUGUGGACGCUGUCGAAUGCCUUUUUGAUGACGAUAAAGCUGACUGCCAGAGGCGGCUGGAGCGCAUUGCACUUCUCACUGACGUGCUUAUAAUAAAGAUUAAUUAAUUUUAUUCAUAUCUUCUUGCUCAAAAAAUGAACACCGGAGCGGUACAGUGACUCCUUAAAAGCCGAAUUUAGAUUUGUUCUAAUAAAUCUAUUCGGCCUCCGGCAGAAAAGCAUUCAUAGGCUGAAAAGUGAAAUUAUAAAGAGGGACUUGAAGGUAAACGUACGGAUACAAAGGAGUUAUAUUUUUCAGUGUUUUGCUAUAGAGCUCAUUUGCUGCAAACGUGUAUGAACUACGACUGUUUUUGACAUGUCUUUUGUAUGCGAUAUUGUUUUUUGUUAACCUUUGCAGGUGGGCCCAUUUUGAGAGGGUACUUGAGGAUUUGGUGGCUCAGAGAAUUCAUUACACGAGUGUGGAACAACUUCAAAUUUCUGCCAGGGAAGAUUGCCUCAUUGACGAUGAUGACGAGUUUCAAACAGUGUUAAAUUUCUAUCAUGACCUCGGCCUGAUUAUAAAACACAGGAGCACAGUUGUUUUGGAGGCUAAAUGGCUGAUUGACCUGUUUAAAGAGCUGAUUACCAUUCCUCGUUUUGAUGAAGCGGUGAGAAAAAAAGCAGAAGAAAGGAGAGUUUCAUAAUUUUACAAUAAGAGGUGUUUUCUAGUUGUUACAACUCAUACGACUUACUGAGCAAAACGCAAGAUUCUGCUGCCCUAAAUUGUAAUAAUUAUUGUAAUCUUAAUUGAUAACGCUCACUGUCUUUGUGGCAUCGUUAUGUCUUCGUUUAAGCAAAGCUUGUUUGAUUCAUAGUUACCCUUUUUCCACGCGAACAAAAAUUGAAAGUUUCAUUCACAAAAUAUUUUUAGUAGCUCGCAUCACGUUCGUGAUGCGAGAAAACCUGAAAAUGUGAAUCGUGUCGCGUAAAGUAAACGUUCGAAACUUAUGAGCAAGCAGUGGGUGUGAUUUAGACGCUGAGAUUCACAUCAGAGGAUUAGUUAUACUUCAAAUGUGAACCUCAAGGCAUACGUCUUGGUUGCUACUAAGGCUGAAGAUCCUGACUCGAUAUAUUUUAUUACUUUUAGAACCCUCUUUGUUCAACCUAUUGGCAGGAAGUUGAAAAGAGUGGUGUUCUCUGCAUGGAACUUGUCAAUCACGUGUUUUCCAAAUUUGUGGAUCAAGCUAUUGUCAAGAAAGACAUUUUGGAUAUGAUGGACCAGUUUGGUUUGAUUGCGAAAUUUACAUCAAACACCUCCGGUACCACGUACUUUGUACCCGCGCAGCUCAAGACCCCACCCACAGAAAUUUGCAAACUACACCCUACCCCAGCUGAUCCAUGUCCACUAUAUCUUCAUUUCGGAGGUGGGUUUGUUCCGAAAGGUCUCUUGAUACGCCUUGUUUCUAGUUUUAUUUCCUGGUGCUGUAAGACUUGGCAGGAGACACCACCUCCUACUCUGUACCAAAAUGGUGCUCAUUUCGUCAUUGUCGGCAAGCAGAUCAUCUAUGAUUUCAUUCUUCUUUGCAAGAAAAGUUUUAUCAAGAUUGCGCUGAAGCAAAGAAAUGAAGAUGAAGAGCCAGUUUCAGUGUCUGAAUCAGUUGAAAUACCAAGUCGCGUUCGUGUCUUCAUAGACGACACUUUACAAAAAUUGUCUCACGAGUUGCCAUGUCUUAGCGGGUUGCAGUACGAGUUAUCCGUUGCGUGCCCCCACUGUCUGGCAGAAUGUUCAAACCACCGGGAAGCUGCAUGUACCCAAGAGGAAUGUUUACACUUUUUUGAAUUAAAGGAAGGCCAGCGACUGAUAUGCACGAAGAACGUUCGUGAUAGUGUGAGGAGGGUUCUUGGGAUGGAAAAGUGGCUGUCUUUAAGAAGAGCCCAGGUAAAAUAUUUAAUAAGAUAUAGUAUGAAAUGACGUGAAGUAAUCUUUUUCGAUGUUGACGUUAACAAUACUAACCUGCGUAGCUGGCCACUAAGGUGCGCGAGAAGCGUGCUCGAACGAGUGCUCCCCUCCAUUGCCCCUCCCCAACCAAAUCCGCCAGCUAGUGGUCAGAGCGGGACUUGGAAUCUGAACCUCCGGAUGACACGUCAUGUGCGUUGACCUCUCAACUAAUCUUCCUCAGUUUUUGUGGAUAAUGAUCUCAACAUUAUUUACCGGAGAGGUGAAUUAGUUGUAUUGCGUGUUACUGUGGUCGGGGGAGAAAGAGUAAGCGAAGUUGGUCUCGUAUGGGUAAAAAAAAUUUCGUUGACGAAAAAUGCCUAUCCUGCCCACAUCUGGCACUUUUUUAGAACAAGUUUUCUUUACACUGACGUGAAAGUAAUUUUGCUUUCAUAUCUGAAUAGCCAGAAAUGCUAAAGAUAAUUUAACUUUUUCCCUGUUUUAUCAAAGUUACCGCUUCCAUUUUUAUCAGUUUGUAAAAUUUUUCAGUUUGUAAUUUAUAUUUAUAUUAUUUUUGAUUUGGCGUUGACAAGGGCUGAAAACUUAAAAGGUAUCCAAAAUUUCAACGCCCUCCCAAUGUGCUGUAGCUGAAACCGAGUACAUACGUACUGUCUCGAAGAGAAAGUACCACACAGAUUUUCUCAAAUCCCAUAAUGAAUUAGUCUUCGUCUAUCGUACGUUUAACGUUGUUUUACCAUCUUUUAUAAACCAGAUAAGUCUCGGUAGGUAAGACUUAAAAGAAAAUGCUACAACACUUCAGCAACCAGGCGAGUGCGUUAUGACCCCGUUAACUCAAUUGGUGGGGAAAACAGUAUUCACUUUGUCAAACGCAUUGCUUUUUUUAGGUGCAGUAUACUUCCCGUUCUCUUGGCACGUGGCAAGAUAGGGGAGGUGAAAGUGACCCAGAGAAAUUUCUUAAAGCACUGAAUGUUACUUUGUUGGCGAGUGAGUGGGGCUCAUCCAUGGGUGGCUUGUCAACAAUAAACAGAAAUCUCGCCAUUCUACUGGCGAAGCACAGCUUAGUCAACAUUACUCUUUUGGUGCCACAAUCUUCUUGCAGCGAGGAGGACAGGAGAGACGCUGCGAAACAGAACAUUGUCAUUCGGGAAGCAGAGAGUCUACCAGGCUACUAUGAUCCUCUUGACUGGCUGAGCACCCCACCGAAAAACCUUGCUAUCGACAUCGUCCUGGGCCAUGGCGCAAAGUUGGGAAAACAAGCGCAAGUAAUUCGGAAGUACCACGGCUGUAAGUGGGUGCAGGUGGUCCACACUGCACCUGAACAACUGGGAAUGUUCAAAAACUAUGACAGCGCGGUUGCCAAAGGUGAAGAGAAGGACAGAGCUGAAGUAGACUUGUGCAGACUAGCAGAUCUUGUCGUGGCAGUAGGACCCAAGUUGAGAGAAGCCUAUUCAUCCCGCCUCCGUGUUUACAAGAAACACCAAUGUAUUUUCCAGCUUACUCCAGGUACUUUCCAUGAAUUUUCAAUGCUAGAACAAGCUACACUGGAAGAAGGGAAGUUUAAGGUUUUAACCUUUGGCCGCGGUGAUCCUGAAGACUUUAGUCUCAAAGGAUAUGACAUUGCCGCAAAAGCAGUGGUUAAAUUGAAAGAAGAAAUGGAAGAAAGCUCUUACUGCCUGGUGUUUGUGGGCGCUCCCGUUGGGAAACAAGACGAAGUCGCCCAAAACUUGCUCCAGACUGGAAUUGCUAAAGACCAGCUUAUUGUUAGAGCAUUUGUACAGAGCAAGGAAAGGUUAAAAGAGUUGUUUUGUGAGGUUGACCUUGCCAUUAUGCCUUCCAGAACAGAAGGUUUCGGAUUAACAGCUCUGGAGGCGUUGUCUGCUGGUCUCCCCAUUCUGGUGAGUGGCAAUUCAGGAUUCGCACAUGCACUAUGCGAUUUACCCUCAGGAAAAUCGUUUGUGGUGAAUUCCAACGACCCCAUGGAAUGGGCGAAAGCAAUUGCUGCUGUUCGCCAAAAGGGAAGAGCACAACGUCUUAAAGAAAUCCAAAUCUUACGUGCUAGCUACGGAGAGAAGUACAACUGGGAGGAGCAGUGUGGAGCCCUUGUUGAGAAGAUGUGGAAUAUGGUCCAGGGUAAGUGCUUUGUUAAAGUACUAUUAUAA